UCUCUUUUUUUGCCGUGAAAUUUCUGGCAUUUCCUGGCUUUCUUUUCCCUCCCACGUUUUGCCUCAGGGAAGCGGCAAAGUGACGGAAAUGUCACGGGCUCGUAUUGCCGUCCACCGCUUCCGCUGUACCUACGCCGCAUUAUCGUCGAUCACCUCAUCUUCAUCUGCAGUUACACGCUUUCAGUUCCAAUGUCCACAACAACAUCUAACGCACGCAUCCCUCCCCUUUCACUUCCACUCUCGUUAUUCUUCAUCUGUCCCCAAACAAACCUUGAACGGUAGCGUCGAAAAUUAUCCGAGUGGGGACUUUGAUUUCAAGCCCCUCACUGGCUGGAAAAAAUUCAUCGUCAAGCUCAAGAUGCUAACGGCCUUACCCUGGCACCGGCUUCGAUACGGCACCGUUUUGACAAUCAAGUUGCGCGGCCAGGUAUCGGAUCAGCUGAAGAGUAGGUUCUCUCGGGGAUUAUCUCUGCCUCAAAUCUGUGAUAAUUUCUUGAAGGCAGCUUAUGAUCCUCGAAUUUCCGGUAUCUAUCUCCACAUUGAUAUUUUAAAUUGCGGCUGGGCAAAGGUUGAAGAAAUUCGAAGGCACAUAUUCGAUUUCAGAAAGUCAGGAAAGUUUAUUGUGGCUUAUGUCCCUUCCUGUCGAGAAAAAGAAUAUUAUAUUGCAAGUGCGUGUGAAGAAAUAUAUGCCCCUCCAAGUGCUUAUUUUUCCUUGUUUGGAUUGACUGUUCAGGCUCCAUUCUUCAGAGGUGUUUUAGAGAAUCUUGGAAUUGAACCAGAAGUAGAACGGAUUGGCAAGUACAAAAGUGUAGGAGAUCAACUUACCCGUAGAACCAUGUCUGAAGAUCAUCAUGAGAUGCUUACUUCAUUGCUUGAUAAUAUCUAUACACAUUGGCUGGACAAAGUCUCUGCUGCUAGAGGAAAGAAAAGAGAAGAUAUUGAGAACUUCAUAAAUAAAGGUGUUUAUCAAGUAGAGACACUUAAAGAGGAGGGCUUCAUAUCAGACAUAGUCUAUGAGGAUGAGGUUAUUACUAGGUUGAAGGAGAGACUUCAAGUAAAAACAAAUAAAAAUCUGCCUAUGGUUGAUUACAGAAAAUACUCCGGAGUUAGGAAAUCAACUGUUGGACUAUCAAAUGGUAAAGAUUUAAUAGCCAUCAUCCGAGCUUCAGGGAGUAUUCGUCGUAUUGAGAGUCCACUAGGUGCCCGUAGCUCAGGUAUCAUUGGAGAGAAGUUAAUUGAGAAAAUACGCAGUAUAAGAGAUUCAAAUAAAUACAAGGCUGCUAUUAUCCGAAUUGACAGUCCAGGAGGGGAUGCCCUUGCUUCUGAUUUGAUGUGGAGAGAAAUCAGGCUUCUGGCUGCCUCAAAACCAGUCAUUGCUUCAAUGUCUGAUGUGGCAGCAAGUGGAGGAUACUACAUGGCAAUGGGAGCAGGAGUUAUUGUGGCAGAAAGUCUUACCUUAACUGGCUCAAUUGGAGUGGUCACAGGAAAGCUUAACCUUGGGAAACUCUAUGAGAAGAUUGGCUUCAACAAAGAAAUCAUAUCAAGGGGUAGAUAUGCUGAGCUGCGGGCAGCUGAACAGCGUUCACUUAGACCAGAUGAAGCAGAGCUAUUUUCCAAGUCUGUUCAGCAUGCUUAUAAACAAUUUCGAGAUAAAGCAGCCUUUUCCCGAUCUAUGACUGUAGACAAGAUGGAAGAGGUUGCACAGGGGAGGGUUUGGACUGGCAAGGAUGCAGCUUCUAAUGGUUUAAUUGAUGCUAUUGGUGGCCUUUCUCGAGCUGUUGCGAUAGCAAAAUUGAAGGCCGGUAUACCUCAAGAUAGACAGGUUACUGUUGUGGAGGUCACAAGACCCAGCCCUUCUCUGCCCGAGAUUUUGAGUGGUCUAGGUAAUUCUCUCGUUGGAGUAGACAGAACUUUAAAUGAAUUACUACAGGACUUGACAUUUUCCAAUGGAGUCCAAGCUCGGAUGGACGGAAUCGUGUUUGAGAAAUUGGAAGGUUAUCCAUACGCCAACCCCAUUUUGGCAUUGAUAAAAGAUUAUCUUAGUUCCCUUUAGUUGUUAAGUUUUAAGUGUUUCUCCUGUUUGUGUUUUUCAUUGUAUAGUGAGGUAUGCUUAUUUGCGAUAGAGUGAGGUAAUAUGAUGUAAUAAAAAGAGAAAUAGAGAGAAUAAGUGUCAGGUAAGUGUUUGACUUGUGUACGUAUAUUUUACUGUGAGAAUACCUCAUUCCGAUAAGUAUUUUUAAUUACGUUAUAAACUAGUGUAAUUGUAGAUUCA